ACAUUUCAUGUCUUUUUUAAUGAUACAAAGACUGAAAUUAAUGCCGAAAAUAGCGAUCUGCUUGAUUUUCUCUGGGUGUUUUUCCUCGUCCCCGAUUAUGCUUAUUUACACUAAAGCGAAGUUAUCAUUACGGAGAGUUACAUGUAAUGUAAUACGUGUCACACGAUUUGAAAAUGAUUCAAUUCCAGAUCUGUUUUUAUUUACCUUAUCUACGCGUUUGCUGCACAUGGCGGAGAGGAAUGAAUUAAAACCAAUAUCUCAGCGCGGUAAAAUUAUUCCUACUGCCAGCGCACUGGAACAUUUGGGUUGCGUUCUAAUAAAAUAGCCACUUCCGGCUUCUUUCUAGGAAAACAGACAUCCGGGAGAUGCAGUCGAUACACGCUUUGGCGAUCAUUACUUGAUUCAGUAAUGGAGAGUCGUAAGCGUAGAAAAACGCUUCCUACCUCUAUUCGACCAGGUGGAAAUGAAUCCACCACACACCGAUCGGCAUCACCUUUAAAUAGGGAAGAAUGGCCCACAGCACAACUAAUUGAAGCAUCACAACAAAUCCAGUCGCGACUUGAGGAACUGGAGCAAGAAAACAAUAAUCUCAGGCAAGAAAACUACAAUCUCAGGCAACAACUGCAGAGCCUCCGCCAAAGUCAGCAAAGUGAUAGUAAUGACAACAGGAAAUUAGUAGCGGAAGUUCAAACACUUAGACAAAGGCAUGCUGCUUUGGCAGAGAAAAGAGUCAACAUGGAUCAAAGAAGGACUGAAAACACGAUGAGUGCAAACAGGCAGUCUGAGCUUGAGAAAGAAUUCAAGAAUGGUUUCAUGGAUGGAACUCGGGUUGACGCAAUAGAAUUGAUUGAGAAAAAGUUAAGGAAAACUCCAUCUCAGCAGCUGUCCGAUGAUGAUCGCUUAAAGGCGUCCAGGCUUGCAUGCUAUAUAUUUGAGUUAUCUUACGAAUGUGCGGUAAAGGCCAAAAAUAGUUUUUUUUCGGUUUACUCGUCAGUUUUGGACACUUUAGUCACUGAUGCACCUUGUAUUGGUUCAUCGGAUGCCGGCAAAUAUAAGUUUCCCGAAGUCACACCUGCGAAGAGAUCGAAAGGUGUUCCACAAGAUUGCAUAAGUGAAGUCAUGGUCCUCGUUAAAGAGGCAGCUGGAAGGGAGGACCUUAAUUUGGAAAAGCUUGUUAAGGCUGCGAAGAAAGAAUUGAAGGCAAAAUGGAAGGAACAGAAAAAGACAGGGGGAAUCCUUCCAAUCUUUGAUAAAAGCCUCAAAAAGGAACUAAAAGGUUACAUUGAGUACUGCAUACGAUUUUCGUGGAUGGCUGUUACCCAAGUCCCUCCUCUCGAAAUCGAUUACAAGACUCGAACCUUUAACCCAGUAUAUCACAGGGAAAGCCAAGCUUUUCUGUCGUCAGCUAAACAUGAUGCGUCUCAAGGGUGGGUCAACGCCCAAGAAGAGAAACGGAUCAAGUGUUACUUAUGGCCGACACUUUAUGAUUGGGAAAAAAGAGUUAUUGAGAAAGGCGAAGUCGUUUUGACAGAGCAAAUCUUCGUUGGCUCUUACGUUUGACAUGCUAUGUCUACCGACGUAAGUAUACCCACAGCUUAUUUGGAAGAAAUAGCUUGGUACACGUACAACUGGAGUAACAUUAGUUUUUCUUUUUUUCAGAAUAAGAAAGAUAGUAAAAUGAAAAAGGAAAUUUGAUAUAUUGAUUUUUGUAAGGAUCUGCCCUGGCCAUUUCGAUUUUUGACUAUUUAGACUAGUUCUGUAUAUAGCUCGUAAAUCAAACUUCAGUAAUGUGUAAACUUUCAAGUACCUCUGAAAAAUCAUGUCAUUCUCUGUUACUGUGGAAAAUGAGAACAGCGUAGACAGUGAACCAAACAGUUCUAUCGAUUUGAAAACAGCGCAGGUGUCUCGAACUCACUGACUCGCAGGACUUGUCAUGAAUGCAACCAAUUCAUUCCAAGAGUGCUACAGUGUGUAAGUCGCACCUCUCCUGAGAAAACAUCGUAAAAUGCAGCUCACUUAUCAUUUUAAAAGGAGCUUGCCUUGGAACUGAAUUGAUCGGCUAGACCAGUUGAAUCACAAAAUUCAGAAAUAUAAGCCAUUACUGUUUGUGAGUUUUUGUUUUUAUUGUCCUGUAAAUAUUCGCUAGUCUUCUACAAGUUUAUCAUGGCUGAAGUAGUUUUGUAAAUUAUUCCUCUGACCAGCAUCGUCGAUCUCUAUCAGUAUUAUCAGUAUCAGUAUUAUCAGUAUCAGUAUUAUCUAAAUAAAUAUGCCGGUUUGGCU